GCUACCAGACUGUUCUCAUUAUUCUUCACCCACACUCCUCAUGAUUACCAGAUCGAUGAAACUCAAAGCAUUGGGAAUCUUCAUAUCCAAGGUUUUCAAGCCACAUGCACGAUUAAAACUUCAUUCUGUUCAAACUCGUCACCCUUAAAAUACCUUCUUCUUCUUCUCCUUCUCCUUCUUCAACCCAUCAAAACCAAUGUCUUCUCCUUCUCCUUCAUUCUUCUCAGUGUUUCGUUCCCCAAAGAGAUCACCCAAACACACGAAGGAUAAGCUUGAACGUGAUCAUGCAGGUCCCUCCAUUGAUAUGCCUGAGGUUGAAGGUGUGGUGUUUCCAUCGCCACCACGAGUUUAUGAUAAUAGAAGAGUAAGUGAUCAUCAGAGAAGAGAAGGUGGUGAUGGUGAUGGCGAUGGCGAUGGCGAUGUUGAAGUUGAAGAGGCAUGUAGAAGGUUCGAGAAGCAUCUGGUGGAGAUGAUAGUGGAAGAAGGGAAGACUUUAAAGGACUUGAUGGAAGUGGAGGAGCUUCUGUACUACUGGAAGAAGCUAAAAUGUCCUGUGUUCGUUGAUUUAGUGUGUAGAUUCUAUGGGGAACUCUGCAAGGACUUGUUUUCUUCACAAACUAUUAAUGAGAGAAGUUAAAGUUGGAAUGAGUUACAGAAUUUAUCAUUUAUGAAUAACGUACUAUAAAACUUAGAAUAUUCUUAUAAAUUUAUAGACAUAUAUAUUGAUAUACUGAUAUUGAUGUAUUGAUUCUAUCAUAAAGGUUUUCAUAUUAAUUUUGUU